CUCUCUCUCUUCUUUUCUCUGUAUAAAGAGAUGUGCAGAGGAAGAGGGAACAGACAAGUGCGACAGUGUCUCUGUUAGCACUUAGCUCUCACACACCUUCUACAGUAGAGUAAAGCGACAGAACGAAGGAACUGGCUAACGUCCCGGCUUCUUUGCUUUGAUGUUUUAGUCUAAAUGGAGGAACAGAGCGAAGGGGGGCAUGUGCUCACGGGUCUAGAUGAGGAGGCACUAGUUGACCAUGGAAAAUCCAGCUUCAGCACGCACACAAACUACGAAAAAGAAGAUUUGGAAAGCCACAGAGCAGUGUAUGUAGGGGUCCAUGUUCCUCUUGGAAGGGAGAGCAAACGGAGGCAUCGCCAUCGAGGACACAAACACCACCGAAAGAAAAAAGAAAGAGACAGCGAGGAAGGGAAGGAGGAUGGAAGAGAAUCCCCCUCUUAUGACACACCAUCCCAGAGGGUCCAGUUCAUCUUGGGUACAGAAGACGAUGACCUGGAGCACGUCCCCCAUGACCUUUUUACUGAGCUGGAUGAGCUCUCCUUUAGAGAUGGCAGUGCCACUGAAUGGAAGGAGACUGCCAGGUGGUUGAAGUUUGAAGAGGAUGUAGAAGAUGGUGGGGAGAGGUGGAGUAAACCCUACGUGGCUACUUUGUCACUACACAGCUUAUUUGAACUGCGGAGCUGCAUACUCAAUGGCACAGUCAUGCUGGAUAUGAGGGCCAACAGUAUUGAAGAAAUUGCAGACAUGGUGAUAGACAGCAUGGUGGCAACAGGCCAGCUGAAGGAGGAUUUGCGUAACAUGGUGCGGGAAGCUAUGCUGAAGAAACAUCACCACCAGAAUGAGAGAAAGCUCAGCAAUCGCAUCCCUCUGGUGCGCUCCAUUGCUGACAUAGGCAAGAAACAUUCUGAUCCACUCUUGCUUGAACGAAACGGAGAGGGCCUGUCCUCUUCACGUCUCUCUCUCCACAAGCCAGGGGCGGCCUCCUCUGUCUCCAACCUCUACCAGAGACAAGAGUCCAAGGUCUCCGUCCUGCUCAACCAUCUCCUGCCCUCUUCUUCCUUCAACACUGGGCCCUUCGCAGGCCAAUCCUCCCUCACCACCCCUCAAAAUACCCCCACUCCCUCCCGUUCCCACGGCGCAGGCCCUGGCCCUCAAGGUAUACCCGAGGUGGUGGUAUCUCCCCCUGAGGAUGACGACCCUCCAAACUCUGCAGGAGAAGAGGCAGCAUCACCACAGCUCAGCCGGAGAACAUCCUCGGCAUCCCAGGGUCUUGAGCUGCUGCCCUUAGAAGGACCAAUGGUGUCUCCGAACUCUGUCCCAAACAACCUGGACGGCAACAAGGCGGUGGAAAGGAGGCCGUCCAAAGUAGGGGUCAGUAGAGAAAGCAGCAGUGUCGACUUAAGCAAGGUGGACAUGAAUUUCAUGAAAAAGAUACCUCCUGGUGCUGAAGCUUCCAACGUACUGGUGGGAGAAGUGGAUUUCCUGGAGAAGCCCAUAAUUGCCUUCGUAAGGCUGUCCCCUGCAGUCCUCAUCACAGGCCUCACGGAGGUGCCUGUGCCCACAAGGUUUCUUUUCCUGCUUCUGGGUCCUCAUGGCAAAGGACCACAAUACCAUGAGAUUGGGAGAUCGAUGGCAACAUUAAUGACAGAUGAGAUUUUCCACGAUGUGGCGUAUAAGGCAAAAGACCGAACAGAUCUCCUCUCAGGGAUAGAUGAGUUCCUCGAUCAAGUGACUGUCCUGCCUCCUGGAGAAUGGGACCCUACUAUCCGGAUUGAGCCCCCAAAGAAUGUCCCAUCUCAGUCGAAAAGGAAGAGACCAUCCCAGCCCAAUGGCACUGCGUCUCCAUCGGGCGAGCUGGAAAAGGAGGAGGACAAUCAUUCAGGGCCUGAGCUGCAGAGGACUGGAAGGAUAUUUGGAGGUCUGAUCUUGGACAUUAAGCGGAAACUGCCGUUUUACUGGAGCGACAUCAGGGACUCCUUAAGUCUGCAGUGUCUAGCCUCCAUCCUGUUUCUCUACUGCGCCUGCAUGUCCCCUGUCAUCACAUUUGGAGGACUUCUAGGAGAGGCAACAAAAAACAACAUAAGUGCCAUAGAGUCUCUGUUUGGGGCCUCACUGACAGGAGUGGCAUACUCCCUCUUCGCAGGCCAACCCCUCACUAUUCUAGGCAGCACAGGUCCUGUUUUAGUGUUUGAGAAGAUCCUUUUCAAGUUCUGCACUGACUAUGGACUAUCCUAUCUGUCCCUACGGACCAGCAUUGGUCUUUGGACUGCCUUCCUGUGUCUGGUCCUGGUGGCCACAGAUGCUAGCUCCCUGGUCUGCUACAUCACCCGAUUCACAGAGGAGGCCUUUGCUGCACUCAUCUGCAUUAUCUUCAUUUAUGAAGCGCUGGAGAAGCUCUUUCACCUGGGAGAACACUUCCCUGUCAACAUGAACAGCAACCUGGAAAACCUUACAUUUUACUCGUGCCAUUGCUCCCCACCAGCCAACACAUCAGAAAAGCUCAUACAGGAGUGGAACCAGACUGGAUACACCCCGGACACCAUCCCAUGGAGCAGCCUCAAUGUUUCGAUGUGUAAGAUUCUUAAAGGGGAGUUUGUGGGCGAGGGCUGCGGUCAUCAUGGACCUUACAUCCCAGAUGUUCUCUUCUGGUCCAUCAUCCUCUUCUUCACCACGUUCUUCCUGUCCUCCUUCCUUAAGCAGUUCAAGACACAGAGAUAUUUCCCCACCAAGGUGCGAUCCACUACGAGUGACUUCGCUGUCUUUAUAACCAUCAUGAUCAUGGUGGUGGUGGAUUAUCUCAUGGGGAUCCCCUCUCCUAAACUUGAUGUUCCUGACCGCUUUGAGCCAACUUCAAAGAACCGAGGCUGGCUGAUGGACCCGUUAGGAGAGAAUCCCUGGUGGACGCUGCUGGUGGCAGUGCUGCCUGCCUUGCUGUGCACCAUCCUCAUCUUUAUGGACCAACAGAUUACUGCUGUCAUCAUCAACCGCAAGGAGCAUAAGCUCAAGAAAGGCUGUGGCUAUCACCUGGACUUGCUGAUCGUGGCAGUGAUGCUGGGUGUGUGCUCGAUCAUGGGCCUGCCAUGGUUUGUGGCAGCAACUGUCCUAUCAAUCUCCCACGUUAACAGCCUGAAAGUGGAGUCUGGCUGCUCCGCGCCAGGAGAGCAGCCCAAGUUCCUGGGUAUCAGGGAGCAGCGGGUCACUGGAUUCAUGAUCUUUGUUCUCAUGGGUUGUUCUGUAUUUAUGACCUCAGUGCUUAAGUUUAUUCCUAUGCCAGUCCUGUAUGGAGUCUUUCUCUACAUGGGUGUCUCUUCCCUCAAAGGCAUUCAAUUCUUUGACAGGAUCAAGCUGUUCGGUAUGCCCGCCAAACACCAGCCGGACCUGAUCUACCUGCGCUACGUGCCACUGUGGAAGGUCCACAUCUUCACCCUGGUGCAGCUCACCUGUUUGGUGCUGCUCUGGGUCAUCAAGGCCUCUGCAGCAGCAGUUGUGUUUCCCAUGAUGGUUUUGGCGCUGGUCUUUAUCCGAAAGCUUCUGGACUUUUUCUUCACAAAGAGAGAGCUGAGCUGGCUUGAUGAUUUGAUUCCAGAGAGUAAGAAGAAGAAAGAAGAUGACAAGAAAAAGAAAGCUCGGGAAAAGCUGCAAAAAGAGUCCCGACUGCAGGAGGAAGACAUGGGACUGAAGGUCGGCUAUGAAGGCUCCGACCUGCUCAAAAUCCCAGUGAAAACACUCUCAGGAAGUUCUAAAUAUGACCCCUUGGUUGUAAAUAUCUCUGAUGAAAUGGCCAAAACAGCAGCGUGGAAAGCAGUGAACUCGAGUGCAGAGUCAUGUGUCCAACCUGAGAAACGUAGUGGAAGUCAGGAAAAGGUGGCUUGUGUUAGAGUUGAUGUCAGCCCAGAUACACCAGGAGGAAGUUCCACUGCCGAGGCCUUCCUGUGAUCAGAGGCCCUCAUCCCCUCCAGACACCUCCUCCCACACAACACUCUCUCCCGCUGACGGGUUCCAUCUUGAUGGUCCGAGGGGGCUGCUGUAGCGUGCCCUUCUUCAGAGCAGCAGGCGCGGCCCCCCAGGACGGUAAGUCCUACUCCAGACAAGUCUUGAGGUGUGCAGACGGCAGAUCUCUGAGGAAUGAAGGAAUUCUGCAGUUACUGCCCACCGACGCUCACUGUUUAGGAACUCCUGCAAACAUGUCACCAUUAAAACCACAGAUGCCAAAGGAACAGGCCUCACUGGUGGGGAUCUUGGAACAGAAUUUUUCUGUAUAUUUUAAUUUUAUUUUACUGUUUCUAGUAUUGUUCUAUGUUAUUCAUGCACCAUGUGUUUACCUGCACUGUUUAUUUGGUUUUACAUUAGAUAGAAACUCAUUAGAUGAAAGCCAUACAGGUACUGUUGCUGCCAGUGGAUUAUAUUUAAUAAUUGAUUUGGUACCGUUUUAUACACAAACCAAAACAAGGACACAUUCAGACAGUACUACACCACACUACUAAUUCAUACAUCUUUGUAGAACUGGAUCAUCUCUCUGGUGUGCGUGAGAGAACUCAGUAUUGAUAUUGCUGCUCAUAAGUUGUUCAGUUAUUUCACUGUAAACCUCACUGUUAAUAUUGUAUGUGAAGUUAUAGAAACGUCAGUAUGUAUGUUUGUAUUUAAGCUCUAAUAUUUUCAUAUGUAACAUAGUAGAAAACCUACAUAAGAGGCCAUAUGAAGUCUGUACUGUACAGGAAGCACUUUGCCAGUAUAGUUUCUUACCUAAAACAGAGUAUAGCGUAUUAAUGAUUUAAAAAAAAAAAAGGUUCCUCCUCUCACCGUAUCUCUAGAGCUGUAGUGCAAACAUCAGUUAAAGAACUCAGGAAUCUUGAACGAUUUCUGACUGUGGUCACUUGAUAUUUUUGUCACAAGGCGGCGAUAAUUAACUGCCCACCUCUCAUCGCUGGUGUCGCAACUGUUUUAAUAAAGUCUGUAAAUCAUAAACCAUAACAAAGGUGCAAAGUAAAAAAGAAUAUUCAUGAGAUAGUUGCACCUGUUUUUUAUACUGUCUGUAUUAUUGUUGGUGUUGAUGUGUCUGUGUGCAGUGUAGAGAUAAAUCUGGAUGUUUCGCGCUGCAAAUCAUUUUAUGCAAACUAUUUCUACAGUAAAUGUAAAAAAAAUAGAAUAUUCUAUGAAGUUGUUCUUAUUUUGCUACGUGCAGUCGUGUUUUUAGCAAUAAGUAUCCCAUACUGUGCAGAGUAUGGACUCAUGAAUGUGGCUACUGUUCAGGCAGAUAAUAACUAGUGAGAUGAUUUCUGUGCGUUUCAUCGGCUCUGUCUGUGUGUAGCUACAGUGACAAAUACGGACAUUAGCUUGCGUGCCUUGUCAAAGCUGGUUAUUUAUCUUGUGUUCAGAACGGAUGUACAGGUACACACAAGGUGGCACAUAAAUGCCAAAGACAGACUGUCAUUAUUGUACAAGAGUGAAGCAGUAAACGGCUCAUCAUAUUUGUUGUAGUGUUAAUUAGCAUCUGUGUGAAGGUGGUAGUCUGAGCCACUGACUUAAACAAUGUAAUUUAUCUUCCAUGCAAAUGUAACUCUAAAGUCAGUGUGUGUCUGUUUACUGUCACAGCUCUAGUAUAUGCUCACAUUUAAAGCUCUGUAAUCAAUAUUGAGGUACUGUUUUUCUAAUGAUCAGUGAAUGUCAAAUGAUUGUACCGUCAACAACAGAAAUGGAGUCAGUAACAUUCUGCCAAACAUCUGUUUUUACACAAAUUAUUAUUUCCCUAAACAUACUGUAUGGACUAUUUGAUAUACAAUGUGAGUCAUCUGAUCUGGUGAACAUCACAAUGAAGUGAACAUCCACCAGUCAUGUAAUUUCAUAAUAAUAGUGUUUAUUUUGAUGGAAAAUGCCCUAUUUUCACAUGACAUCAUUUUAAACAUGUUAGCUCUUAAGAGUGGAUGUCAACAACAUAGAGGGUGGAGAUUUGACCCUUUAUCACUCAGUACAAAUGUCUUUGUUGUGCUGUACAGACACAUAGCAUCAAUGAAGCACACAGCAUCCUUGAACAAUGACUUUUGUGUCAUGGCCGAUUUGUGCAAAGCAAUAAAAGUGAAUACAUGGUGA